AUGUCGUGUUUCACGCAGCUGUGGCACUCCAACACGCCGGACUCUCCCACCAGCCCAGUCCCUGCAUCUCCCCAUGAAAUUCCCAUCCCCAUCAGCCCCAUUGUUGUCACCUCCCCAGGAGAUGGCAAGAGGAAGGCGAGGUCCCCAACCGACAAGCCAGGCUCCCCGAACCCAACAUCUCCGAAGCCAGCAUCCCCUGUUGAGUGCUCCAUUUGCUUCAACACCUACGACAACACCUUCAAGACCCCCAAGCUGCUCCAGUGUUCCCACGUUUUCUGCUUGGAGUGCGUAGCCCGCCUGAGCACGGGACUGCCCCACAACCAACCCGAGGACCAGCUCCCCUGCCCCUUCUGCAGGCAGCUGACCAGCAUCCCUCUGGAAGGUGCCCCAGCCCUGGAGACCAGCAAGGAGCUCCUGGCCACGCUUCCCCCCGAACUGCAGCAGGAGAAGGUGCUCUGGAUGGAAGGGACCAAGCUCUGCUGCCGGGAGUCAUCCGACGACCCUGAGAAUCCAGACUCGUGUAUCUCCAUCGAUGUGGCCAUGAGCAAACCUGAGAGCCCGGAGGCUCCGCCGGCGGGGUUGGCUGGGAGGUUGUCCCGCUGCGACAUGUGCGAUGACUGGAAACGCAUCGUGCUCCUCUCGGCUUUGAUCAUCAUCCUCUUCUGCAUCAUCCUCUGGCCAGUCCAGUGCGCCCUGAAGACGGGGAACCUCCGCUGCUUCACCAGGACUGUUGCGAUGAGCAGACCGGAGUAUCUCCCCCCCAGACACACCACGGCGGCAGCCCCCGUGACACAAUUACCUUUCCAGUAG